AUGUCCACCUCCGCCGUUACAUCGCUUUACCGGCGGUCUUUGAAAUUGUCUCUUGACUGGGCCGUCCACCGACAGAUAUGGCGUGGACAAGCUGUGUACAUCCGAUCCCUCUUCGAAGCCAAUAAGGAUGUCCGCGAUCCUCGCCAGCAACAGAUUUUGCUGCGGGAGACAGAGAAGCUCCUGGAGAGCUGGAAGCACCCCGACCCAUACCGCGCACCUACUGCACCCGGUGGUAACAAAUGGGAGCGCAACUUGCCCGCCCGUAUCUUGCCAUGUACGUUCAUGCCUUCCAUAUGA